AUGGGAUCGAAGGUGAACUUCUUCUUAUUUCUGAUGACUCUCAAGCUCGCCGACGUCGUCUCCCAGGAUGGUGAUUAUGAGGUCGGUCUAUAGGCAACGUUUGAAGGACCCUUUACUGGCCCUUUGAGCAACUUUCAUGGAUGCAAAAAGUUCCAUUAGUAAUAAAAUCGGAAAUCAACAAUGGUCGCGACUUUCAGCACCCUUUUCCUUUUUUUUUGAGGCUUUUUUAGCCCGCGAAGAAAAAAAGGCUCAAUAAAGGCCGCAAAAUGGAACCCUUUUUGCGGCCAUUUCGCACCCGUUUUCCGACUUUAACAGUGUAUAACUAACUGAAAAAAACCAUAGUCGCCUCUUAAGAGGUUUCUCAAGAACUACAUAGAGAGAACACUAAAGAGGCCCCUAUAGUAGUCACUAUUCUGCGUCUUAGUUGCCACUACAACUUUUAAAGAUCUAGCAUCACCCUUUCUUCUUCUUCUUACUAACUUCUAGCCACUAUAGUGGCCACUUAAACGUCACAGCCCUAAAGUGACCACUGGAAAUUUUUCCAGAACAUUUGAGCUCUGAAAAUGUUAUAAAAUCAGAAAAGAUCUCAAUAUUUACAUCAAAAAGAAGUAAUUUUAGCAGUCUGCCGAGAAAAAAAAUUUUUUCUAAGUCAUUUCGUCUCCCAAGACAUGGUGGUUUUCAGGAGGUGCCCAAGUUCUUCGGCGACGAUGACGUCACGUACAAGACAUGGAACAAACCGAGCCUCGGCGGUCAAGGCAACACGGGCGGCGGCGGCUGGAACGGCGGCCGUCCCACUUCCGGGGGCGGGGGCUGGAAUAGCGGCGGCUCGAACCACGGUGGAGGCGGCUGGAACUCGGGCGGCGGCGGCGGUUCUUCUGGAGGCGGCUGGAACUCGGGAGGCAACCGCGGGAACGACCCGUACGGACAGGUCAUCCACCAUCCUCGUCCUGGCGUUCACACCCCUUGGGGUCGUUAA